AUGGGGUCGGAGCUGAUAUACAGGGGCCAUGACACCCAGCCUGCUUCGGAUUCUUAUUCACCCAAACCCGUUAAACCAUGGGUCUCUGUCAGCCGUCCGAUUCGUUACAUGCUCCGAGAACAACGACUCCUCUUCGUGCUUGUCGGCAUUGGGAUAGCUACUCUAAUUUUCACUGUCUUCCCAAGCUCACGUGCCCCGCACGUUCCCCAUCACCACUUUGCCACCUCGAUCGCCGAUUCCAUCACCUACUUCCCCAGAGAGACCCAGAACAAGUUCUCGUACCCGCAUCGCGUUGGCUUCGGGUCGGCCAACCCGACCGGUAAGAUUCCACUGGGGCUAAAGCGGAAGGGUCUGAGAAUCGUCGUAACGGGUGGAGCCGGGUUCGUAGGGUCCCAUCUCGUGGACCGUCUGAUUGAUAGAGGAGACAAAGUGAUCGUUGUCGAUAACUUCUUCACCGGAAGGAAAGAAAACGUCUUGCACCAUUUCGGGAACCCCAACUUCGAGCUUAUACGCCACGACGUGGUCGAACCUUUGCUUUUGGAAGUUGACCAGAUCUACCAUCUCGCUUGCCCCGCGUCUCCAGUUCAUUACAAAUUCAACCCCGUCAAAACUAUCAAGACAAAUGUGGUGGGGACAUUGAACAUGUUAGGGCUGGCGAAAAGAGUAGGUGCUAGGUUCUUAUUGACCAGUACCAGCGAAGUGUACGGAGAUCCUCUUCAACAUCCUCAGAAGGAAACUUACUGGGGCAACGUUAAUCCCAUCGGUGUCCGAAGCUGUUAUGAUGAGGGAAAGCGUACUGCUGAAACGUUGACCAUGGACUAUCACAGAGGAGCUGGUGUUGAGGUUAGGAUUGCCCGAAUUUUCAAUACUUACGGGCCUCGUAUGUGCAUCGAUGAUGGUCGUGUCGUUAGCAACUUUGUUGCUCAGGCUUUAAGGAAGGAGCCUUUGACUGUGUAUGGUGAUGGGAAGCAGACAAGGAGUUUCCAAUAUGUUUUUGAUCUGGUGGAGGGUCUCAUGCGCCUGAUGGAAGGAGAACAUGUUGGACCUUUUAAUCUUGGAAAUCCAGGUGAAUUCACCAUGCUUGAGCUUGCUGAGGUGGUCCAAGAAACAAUUGACCCCAAUGCAAAGAUAGAGUUCAGACCCAACACAGAAGAUGACCCACACAAGAGGAAGCCUGACAUCUCAAGAGCCAAAGAGUUACUUGGUUGGGAACCCAAGGUGUCCCUCCGAAAGGGUCUCCCUCUAAUGGUUUCAGACUUCCGGCAACGUAUCUUUGGUGACCAUAAGGAGGGCAGCAACACCAACAAUGCAUCAUCAUCUUAAGGUGGCAUAUACACUCAAAGAAAGACCAAUCAAAUAUACAAUUGUUCAAUGGAAAAGGGCUCCCUUUCUUUUCCCCCUUGAAACAAUAUAUGGAUACGGGUGGCAGCAGCAGCAAAUGAAGUCCCUCUAGCUUAAAUGAUAUUUGUUUGCCAUCUUUGUAAUUUUCAUGUCUCUUAUCCCUUAAAGCUUAAAUGACUGCGCGUUUGCGAAAAUAAAAAUAACAUUGUACCCAAUAUUUUUUUUUUGCAGCUGCUUGUGUUCCGCAGCAAUAGUCAUUACCUUGUGCAGUAUUCCCAUUUCCCAUAUUCAAAAUCUAAAUUUUUCAAUCUUUUGUUUGCCUAUAUUAGUUUGUGUGUCUGAGUUUACCCCGUGCAAGUACAACAAAUUGUUCCAGCUCUUUUUGGUCGUUAACUCUUAGGUUUCCUUUUAACCCUUUUUCUUUUCUGUAAGACUUGACUCCAGUUUAAUUCCCCUGGAUUCAUGCAGUAACAUGUUACUAUGUUAGUAAAUUGUGGGAGAAUCUUGGUGCGACACUACAUUGAAUUAAAAAAUUCGUUUCACUGAAUAAACCAAAACUCUGAAUGAAGGACAAGAAUAUGCAUCCAAAGAUCAUGCCCCGUAGAAAUGUCCGACUUUACCUUUGUGAAGGCUCUCAUUGUCUCUUCUUCCGUCCCCACCUUUAAGUUGAUG